CACGUAGUUAUACGGCACUAAAGAGCACACGUACAUUUCACAGGUUAUUGGGAGUUGGGAGGGAGGUACAAUUACUCGUACGAGGUACUCAGUAUUACGACUUAAGGUACUAGGUAGUAACGGAAGGACACGAAUAAACGAACGCUGUACAAGCAACGACGACACAACGAAGCAUACUCACAGAUUACCACUCGUAGUUCUGCUUGAUCGGAUAAAAUAGUUCGGAACAUCUUGAGACUUCAAAGAUAUAAUACGAUUGCCCACAGUUGAAUGACAUCGAAGCACAUCCACCGAUCCACAGGACUGCCUCGAAAAUGCGCCGACCARCAUCGCCCGUUCCAAGAAACACCAGACCGGCUCUCCCUCCGCCGUCCGGAGCCAAGGCCCUGCAGGAGCGCCUCCACAUCUUGCUGACGCGCCUCGCGAAGACGACGGAUCUGAUCAAAACGUGGCCCGACAGCGAAGGCGACGACGCAUCCACUCACGUGAAAACCACGACCAAGCUCAUAACGGCCGUGCUGGAGGUGGUGAAAGCCCUGCAGGAAGUAGAGGGCGUGAUCCAGGCAGACGCCGCGCUGAAGAAAUCCCUCCAAGAAUGCAAGGUGCCCAUCAAUCUAUUGGAUUUGCUCGAUCACGGAAAUGGGUUGAAUCCCGGUAAGCAAAACUAGGACAGGCACAAAUAAUAGGCGAAGGCUUUCGCGCAAGAAAAACGAUACUAUACUGGCAUUCGUCGAAACAAUGAUGUGAUGAUUGAGACUAAGGUUGCACUAAYUGUGGUUUUGUGAUUCGKUCUUURCCCCUUCCUGCGUCGUGUGGUCGAUGAUGAAUUAAAAAAUGAAAACAUUGCUAGACUGCUUUUCGAGAGGUCUCGUCAAGGAAGCUCUGGGUCAGCUGGCCGGCCUAAAACGAAGAAAAAUAGCUCUAAAAAUGCUGGGCGCCGAGAUCCAGGCUGGUUUAAACAAACAGGAAGCUGUGGGUAAAGGAGAAGGCAAUGAUUGCGACCCUUCCUCCUCCACUGGRUCUCAGAAACGAAAAAUCGUCGGAAGUGAAGACAAUAAAAYGUCAGAUGAACARCAAGAACAAGCGACCGACGGUCCAGCCGAGCCGACGUCAAAAAAGAUGCGGAUAGAGGCUUCACAACCRUGACAUUUUAGAGAGAGAAAGACGGAUAGGAGAGAAUAGUUUGAUGCUACUUUACUCUUYGGAGUCAAAUUUCGGAYAAAUCAGGGUUUGUAAUUCGCUUSAUUUGAUCGCUAUUCCGAAAUAUCGCCGUCAACCAAUCUUCUUGGCAACAAUUUCCAUUGCGGUAAAAAACGACGGCAUUCUUAUGCUUCAUUCCCCGAGCAGCGCGAUGCUGUUCACUGCAGUAUUUUUCCAGUCAUGGCCAAAACAGUCCAUAGUCGACCCGGGAGCAAGCGAGACAAGGACUAGGGUGGAGGCYAUACGUCUAAAUUCGAAGAAUAGAACGCGAAACUAAAAUUGGGUUGUUACACAGGAAUGUUUGAGGCAUUUCCAAAUUGGUACGAUCGAACAAAGAAACCUUCAUUACAAUCACGAUGAAAAAGUGUCGUUUCAUGAACAGUAUUAUAAUACAAAACUAAAAGUACA